UUGAUGUUUGUUUUGAUAAUUCAGCAGGAAAAGGGUUUUCUUCCCUGAAGCAGCUAGUUGAUAAUCAGAUCGGUUUCGUCCUUCGUCUAGGGAUCAUGAUUGGGUCAGGUUCAUUGGUUAUCUCUCUCCAUAUUGGUUGUAUACUAGGGAGAAGGAAUCAGCUGUCAUCGAACUCAGCUUGGAAUUGGGUGUAUGCUGAUGUAAGAUGUCAACCUUACUACCUGGAGAACCAAGAUCAUUACUACUGUAGUCCGGAGGGAGUAGUUACGUGUCUAGAUGGUUGGGAUGGACAGGACUGUAACAGACCUAUCUGCCCGAACAGCUGUCAGAACGGGAUAUGUAUAUCCCCAGGAGUGUGCAGAUGUGAGAUGGGUUACCAGGGUUCCACGUGUCAGAAUUGUAUAAAGAUGCCGGGAUGCAAGUUUGGAGAUUGUAUUACAGCUUUCCAGUGUAAUUGUUUACCCGGAUGGAGUGGAUCUGACUGCAGUAUUCCAGAAUGUGCUCCGGGUUGUUCGAAGGACUACGGAUACUGUGAGUGGCCUGGAGACUGUUUCUGUAUACAAGGAGUUGGUUACCAGGGUCCAAACUGCACAGAUUGCAAACCAUUAUCAGGUUGUAAAUAUGGGACCUGUAAUAAACCUGGACAGUGUAUAUGUGAGGAGGGCUGGACUGGAACACUGUGUGAUAUUCCAGUCUGUAGAGAAGGUUGCCAUGAACUAAAUGGACAUUGCAGUGUUCCGAACGACUGUAUCUGCAACAAAGGGUUUGAAGGCGAGCUGUGUGAUAAGUGUAGUAGAUAUCCAGGCUGUGUUAAUGGAUACUGUAACUCACCCUGGCAAUGCAUCUGUAAUCCGGGUUUCAAGGGAUUUUUCUGCAAUGAGACCACUGUAUCCUUUAAAUCCAACUAUCCUAUCCAACCUCCACUACAGUACAGUCCUCCAUCUAGACCUGGAAAUUUCAGGGGAUAAAAGAAUCUCAACAUUUAUAAUCUCAGCUAGAUUUGUAUCAGCAACAGAUUAAGAUUUCUAAAAUUUAAAUUACAAUAAUUAUAAUUAAUGGAAACGGUUCAGCCAAUAUUUACCGAAUAUUAACCUUAAAAACUUCUAAAUUAUGUUUGAUGAUGUCUUUUCGUGUUUUUCAAUUAUUGAAUAAAGAAUUAGUAUUACUAUGUA